GGGACGGCGGCGGCGGCAGCGGGGACGGCGGGGACGGCGGCGGCAGGGACAGCAGGGGCGCUGGUGCUGUCACUUAGGCCGUCGGAGAAAUGGGAGACCCCGGGUCGGAGAUAAUAGAAUCUGUUCCUCCAGCUGGGCCUGAGGCGUCUGAGUCAACUACAGAUGAAAAUGAAGAUGACAUUCAGUUUAUUAGUGAAGGACCAUUAAGACCUGUUCUUGAAUACAUUGACCUAGUCAGCAGUGAUGAUGAAGAGCCUAGCACCUCUAAUAGUGAUAGAAUGCCUGAAUCUAAGGUGCCAUCCUCUGAGAAUCAUCGCCCAGAAAUGUGCUCUAGCUGCAGUGUUCCUCUUCCUAUUGGAGACAGCAGCUCCUCCUCUGGGAGUUGCUCCAGCAGUCCACAAAGGAUAGUUUCUCAACCUUCCUCUGUUGAGAACCCAUUGGAGAACCAGAAAAAUGAUCAAAAUAAUUCAGUUAUUAAAUUGUGUGAGACAGAGACACUUAAACCAUCACAAAAUUAUCAGACUCUGCCUUCAUCUCCACUUCUGGUCCCCCAAGAAUCUUUGGCCUCUUCUGAGGUCAAGGAAGAUUUACCUAUAGACUCUUCUUCGGCUUCGCAGCAUGGACAGGAUGCCAUCCUCUAUCUCCAGACACAAGUGGCUGAGAUGUCCCGAGUGAUACGUGAUCUACAGUCCAGGAGCUGUUUUAGAUUUCACCAUUCUAGGCCAAGUGAGCACUCAGUUCCUUGGGAAAUUUCUACCUCUAAGGAAGAAAAUUUAUCCACAGUUGAAGAAGAGGCUGAUUGCAAAUCCCCAUCAGCUGAUGACAAAGGGCAGCCAGCUGAUGCCAGCCAAUCUAGUUUCACAGGUCUUUUGAAGAGAAUGGAACAAAGAGGUGUUAUAAAGAGGGUUACAUUACAGUCUGAAGCAGAAUCAUGUGAAGGGAAACCUGAUUGUGUGACCUCUAAAAAACGUUUGGUUCCUCCAUUGCAUCCUCUUCUGAGAAUUGCCACCACUGAGGUUUUUAAAGACCCUGCUGAUUGCCAUCCUUCUUCCUUCAUGGGACACAGGGUAUAUCCUGUGGCCAAGGAUACCUCUCCUUUCCAACCAAAUCCACCAGCUGAGGGUCCCAUUGUAGAAGCAUUAGAACACAGCAAAAGAGGAAACACAACAUCCCCUCUAGAUUCUACCUCAAAAGAAAUGGAGGUCAUGGGUUGUAGGUUCUACCAUGCUGCCUCCAUUGCAGCCCGGGCUGCUAGCUACAUGGCCUAUAUGACUCAAUAUCAGCGUAAACUCUGGGAAGACAUGGAGGAUCUGGUUCAUGACCCAGAGUUUGAUCGUGGAAAAGCAAGAUGUAUAAUAUCUGAUGGUAUGGAUGCAGGCCUUUGGCAGCUUUGUACUACUAGGGACAUAAUGGACUCCGUAGUCAGAGUUAUGGCCAUGGCAAUAGACUACAGAAGGCAGGCCUGGCUGCGGCUCACAUCUCUCACUAAGAAAACCCAGGAGAAGAUCUCACACUUGCCCUUUGAUGGUACUUCCCUUUUUGGACAAGAUGUGAAUGCUGUUGUUGCAGAAGAAAAUUGUAUAAAAGAAAAUGACUAUAAAGAUCACAGUAAAUACUAUAACCAGCAUCGAUACUUUUAUAGUCAUGAUCAGAAAGCACAUUAUCACAAUAGAGGAUACUCCAAAGGGGAUUGGUAUAAACCCCGAAACCACCCUUAUAGAUAUAGGAAAAAGGGAGAGUCUCCAGAACGUCAUGGGUACAAGAAUUAAUAACCUGUUCAUGUUCACCAGAAGUAGUCACCCAAGAUCCUAACUAUUUUACUUGUUCCUCCCCACUCAAACAGGAUCUGCAGGUAGGAAGUCAUCUGAGGAACUGAAUGCAUGUCUGGAAUGAUCACAGCUGACAUUUGAGUUCUAGAAUUUUGGAAUGAAGUAUAUAAUAAAGAGACUCAUGCUUUAUUCACCAAGUGUGCAGUGGAGACUUUCCUAUAAGGAGGGUUGGACAAAGGUUUAUCCGUUAUUUCUGGUCAAAAACAAGUCCAGAGGAGGGCACUUAGGAAUCUGAAUCCUCUUGUGAUUAAAAUAAAAUAUGUAGAUUUGUUCCUCAGGAAAAUUUUAUUGGCAAACUGAGGGAUAGCGGAUUUUGGAUCUAGGAAUAACCCACGACUAGAUCUCUGUUUAUUAAGACCAGAGGUAAAUCCUUCAUGUUUAGUUAAUCAGUGCUUCCUUGUUGAGGCUUCAGCUUGACACAUCUUUUCGAAAUGACAAAUCUGUUACAGUCUCUUUAUGUCAAGAUGAUAACUCACCAAGAGUUCAUACUACUAUCAAACUCUAUGAGACUUCAGGAUCGGCCAUGAAGCUAUGUGUCAACUGUAAUUCAAAUCAGAUUUUGCCAAAUCCAGUUUGCUUCCAGUUGGGAUGGUUAGAUGUCACAAGUCUACUAUGGAUACCAGCUGGAAAAACACUUUCCUGCCUGUGACAUCUUUGUAGAAAUUUUCGCAGUAACUAUCUUCAUCAAGACUGAUGGCCACCAUAUCAUCACCACUCAUAAAGCUACAUGUGCAAGAAUUCUUUGUUGAAUCCAUCCUAAUAGUCUUUGACCUAUCAAGCUCUCAUAUCAACAAGUUGUGAGACCUGGUCAUGGUGGUCUCACUAUAAUCCGGGCCUUUCACCAAGAUGGCCUUCUUAUACCUACUUUCUGAACAGUUAAUUCUUUUGAGCUUGAUAAUACAUCAUACUCUAAUACAAAAAAUAUAUGCAUAUCAGUGCCGUGGAAAUGAAGGAUGUUAUUCAUAGCAUCCAGGCAUGCAGAUCUGAACUCUUAAGAGCAAGAAUUUCAAACAUGCCUGACAAUCUGGUACCCUUAUUGUAACAAAGAUGGAUGCUAUCAAUCUAGAUUUUGUUGAGAAAUCCUUAAGAUUUAAAGGAUAACUGUGGAUAUAGUGAAGAGAAAAAGCCAGAACAGAACAAAACAGAACAGAAAGUUCUGUUUCUGGAUAUCUGUUUAAAUGACAAUAUCAGUUUCUUGAAAGGCUGAAAUCAAGACUUCAGUGAUAUGUUCUUGGUUAAUUGGUCACUCAGUCUACUCAGACUCUUACCAUAAGAGACAACUUAUUUUUUUGCUCCUGAUAGGUCCCUGUAAUAGUUUUCCAUCAUACUGGAGCUGGCAGCAGAUACCUCAGUUAUGUGUCCCACAGUAUCUUCUCUUUAAUCUCAAGGCGGUGGCUAUAUGGUAUACCAGCCAUUAGAUCCUUGUCUUUUUGGCAUGACUUCAGGAAUAGAGAAACUGUCAAGUUUGAGGGGUCUGAAUGCAUCACCUAGUAGUAUUAGCUUGGCAGCCAAAAGAAAAAAUUUUUUUUUUGUAUCGACAGACUUAUAAUUCUGUAACUUCCUGGUUUGUCAAAAAUCUACCUUUUAAACUGCUUGAGCAAGUUAUUUUGGGUAUACUAUUAGUGGAAUAUAGCACUAUUUUAGUUUAUGUGGUUUCUGUUUCUUGCUAUAGUUCUUGCACGGUGGUGAUUGACAUUUUCCCUCGUGCCCCACUUUUUGUUUUUUUUUUUGGCCAGAAAUACUGUGUUGAGAUGCCCACAUAUUAGUUUAUUGGAAGCUCAUUUCCCCUCCCCAUCAUAACCAUAUUCAGCACUUUUUUUUUUUUAAUUUGCUUUUCUUCCUCUCCCUAUUUGUGCUACAGAGGUUAAAGGCAUAACUUUUUCUGCUUAGAAGAAGUUAUUUUAUUUUGACAUAAUUUCAGUGUACUGUAUUGGUCCUAUUUGUUCUUUUUUGUAGAUAAAGCCUGAACUAAUCUUGAUAAAGGAGAUCAUUUUGCAAAUUUAGUCAAGUCAUAUCUAGAGUUAAUAUUUACCUUAUUUUUCUAUAUUUUCCACAAAGUAUUACUUUUACUUCAAGUCCAUGCCAGUGCUCUACAAACUUUCUUUCAAACUGAACUCUAGCAGAACAUUGAUUACCUGAAAAGAAACAAGGGCCUAAGAAGUUAUAUGUAGAUUUUUGUAGUUCAUAAUGUGUACUGCACUGAUUAAAUAGUCUCAUGGGCCCUUAACAUUGGCACUGUAGUUUUCUUCUGUGAAAGGACUAGCCACUAGGAACUCACUGGAGAGAGAGACCUUAGUGCUGUUUUAUGUGACUACACAUAAGUGUUACCGACUGGCUAAGGCUACUUUAAACUCUUCCCACUUUUCCAUUUCUCCCCUUUCCUUCCCUGAGUUAGGAGCUGUCACAAACUUGGUGAUUUUUUCCCAUUAUUUUUCAAAAACUAAACCAAAAGAAAUGAUGCUUGAAGGUGUGGUUCUCUGAAACUGUUCUGGCACUUCUACUUACCUUGCUUCUCCCCUCCCUCCCCCUUAAAUUGUGGUAAAAGACAAGUUAAAACUUAGUACCUUAACCAUUUUUAAGUGUACAGUUCAGUAGUGUUAACUAAGUUCACGUUGUUGUGCAGCUCCUCCUUAAUUAAAUAUUUGUAAGACAAAAUCGCUAUUCUCUUGUGAUAUUUAUGUUGCUCAGUAAUAAAGGGAAAGUAACAUUGCUUAACCAUUCUAAUGGAUAUGCCCAAGUGUCUCCAGGGAAUUCACUUUUCCUGAAAGUGAAAAGGUGUUGGGAAAUCAUCACACUAGUUACCAAGUAGGUAACUUCUGAAAGGAUUUGACAGUUGCUUGGGGAUGGGGACAGCACAGUAGAGCAGAAACAGUUUCUAGCUAUAGAUUAGUUUCUUGACUGCAGAAAAAACAAUAUCCUUAACCUGUUUGUUUUUUAUUAUUUGAAAAUAUCUGGCAUAUUCGAGUGAUGAUGGUAUUAUAAAACUAAAAGUGGGGACUUGGUCUAGGGACACAACCCCAAUAGAACUCAUUAUUAGUCAAAAAUUAAAUAACUCAUGUUGUGUCUGCCAUGCGCAGAGCCUGCGACAGAAUUCUCUGUUAGGCCAACCUCUGAUGUUUAAAUACUUCUAGGUUUUAGGAGGUUAUGGAAUAGUCACAAGCUUAAUGAUUUGGUAUUCCCAAAAGGGAUGUGUAUAAUCUUUUUUUUUUUUUCCCCAAAAUGUUAUUUCUUGACUAGACAUAUAAUGUAUAGGAGAUAAUAUGAUUUCUUGUAAUUAUUGUGUUUAGAGAAAUACUGCUUCCAUUAACUGUUAUAUGA